AUGGGUAGUUAUCAGCCAAAACCAAGUCUUAAUUCGGGAUGCCGUGGAAAAUUUCUGUUGGAUGAAUCCUCCCUGACUUCCCAACAUACAACUCAAAUUGCCCAACAUCAAAAAAAUGUCGAUCAGUGUAAAACAGUUUUGGCUAAGUUACCAACCACUACUGAAUCAGUUCCAGCUGAGGUUCUCACCCAGGAUGGUGAAUUCUUUACCCAAUUACUAACCGUUUUAGAAACUAUCUUAAAAAAAUUGGAAGAGAAUGAGCAGUUGGAGCAAGAAUUUGCGGAAAUAAAAAGGCAAAAGGAGGAAUUAGAGAUUAAACUAAACGAUCAAGAAACCAACUUAAACAAUCUUCGCCAACAAUUAGAUCAAAUUAAAAGUGAACUUUCUAAAAAACAGCAAGAGCAGCAAGAUUGCCAACAAAAAUUAAACACGGCUCAAACUAAAUCAACUGACUUAGAAAAUCAGUUAACUGCCUUGGCCAUAUCGAGUGGUCUCCUCACCCAACAAGUCGAAAAUUUAACUCAGCAACUCAGUACCAGCGAACAAAAAGCAAGGUCAGCCAAACUAGAAGCCGAAGUUAAAGAUGAUUUGCUAAAACAAAAAGAGCAAAUUCUAAAAGAUAAAGAUAAUAAAAUUUCUCAACAAGUCGCCCAAAUUGAAUCCUUACAAAAUCUUUGCCGCCAAAAUGAUGAACAAUUAAAAAAGUGUCAAGAGAUUAUUCAACAAAAAACCGAACAAUUAACCAAAUUGGAGCAGGAAAAAGACAAUCUGCAACAAGAACUAGACCAAGUCCAGGAAAAGAUAAAGCAAUUAGAAAAUUCUUUACUUACUGCCCAAACCAAAAUUCAGCAGUUAGAAGCCAGAAUUAAGGAACUAGAAACGAAGUUGUCGGAGACCCAAAGCAAUCAAGAAGAUUCCUCUGAGUUAGAAAGAUUAAAAAAAGAACUAACUAUUGAAAAACAAAAGAAUCAACAACAAAAAACUCAAUCUCAGUCGGAAAUAACCAAACUAAAAGCAGAAUUAGCCCAAGCCAAACUGAGGGAAGAAAAAUUAGCUCAAAAAAUUAAGAAAUUGAGUAAAAAAACUAUUCAAGUUGAGGAGAAAAGUAGUUCUCCUUCUUUUUGA